AUGGCUUCUUCUUCUUCGCCCGAGGAGCAAUGUGGAGCUGAGGUUUCUGAUAAUUAUGAGACGACAUGCUGGGGUUGUGGACUGCGCGUUAUGCUUCCAUCGUGUGCAUCCAUUUUCAAGUGUGGUUGGUGUGGGGCCAUUACGGAUCAUAACAAAAAGAAACGUGACGAAAAGUGCCUUGGGUGGAGAGUACUGCGUGAUCGAUGCUUUCUUUCUGUUGUCCUAGUAUUUAUGUUCUUUGUAAUAUUUGGUGGGGUAUGGGCAGUGCACCCUGUAGUCUUCUCUGUCAGUCUUCUUUGGGGAAUUUUUCACUCAAUCGUUACAACAAUUUUGUCCAUAGCUACAAUUUCCUUUUUCAGCCUUGCAGCAUUUAGAUGUGCUGGAACGCCACCAAAUAUAUUAUGGGGAAGCUACCCCACGGUAGGGAAAGAUGACCUUGAAAAUUAUACAUUCUGUCACUACUGCUUGAAGCCAAAGUCACCUAGAGCACAUCAUUGUCGUUCAUGUGGAAAAUGUAUACUGGACAUGGAUCAUCACUGCCCAUUUAUUGGGAAUUGUGUUGGUGCAGCUAACCACUACAGCUUCAUGUGCUUCCUCAUUUCAGCAGUGUUGAGCACAAUCUAUGUCUCUAUAAUGUCUGCAUAUGCUAGCUUGCAUAUUUGGCCACCAUCGUCAUACUCCCUCGGAAGCUUAAAGGGGAUUACUGGCCGAGAUCUAGCAUGGAGAGUUCUGAAUGAAAUUUUUAUUGCUUUCCUGAGAUCUGCGUUGUUUCUAUCGUCUAGAGGACUUCUUCUUGUAUACCUGUUUAUCGCUAGUGUUUCGUUGCAGAUAGGAUUGAGUGUUCUUUUAUGGCAGCAGCUCUCUUUUAUCUAUCAGGGGAAAACUUUUCUGAGUAACUUGAGUUCACAGGCAGAUAACGAUGAAGAAGAAAAGAAAGAUUGUCAAAAUAUUGUUAGAUUUUUUGGUUUACAACAUUCUGUAUCAAGAUUUUUGUCAAACUUUCGUGUUACUAGGAAGAGACACGAUACAUAA